GAGAGAUACUCUGCAUCUUCAUCUCAGACAGUGUUUUGGGAAAAUACAAAAAUACUGUACAUAAUAGAAACGAGGGAAAACACCUCUGCCUUUCUUUUCUCUCAAAUGACAAGACACAAAAAAGUUUUUUUUUUUCAUACAGAGCUGUUCACAGACUAUGGGUAUGAGCUGAAAGGGUGAUUUGUCCAGGUGGGGAAGCAUUGACUGGCUCGCGCCACUCACUGAGAGACCUUGUGCGCGAGGAGUGCACCCUCCCUGUCUCUCUCUCUUUUCUUCCUUCUCCGCUCCAGCAGGCACCGGCUGGGCUUCUCCAACGACAAGCAAAAAUCGAGGGAAACGAGCGGGGAACAACAAUCGAGAGAAUACAAAGGGAAAACAGAGAGUGCGAUAGAGAGGGAGCGAGAGAAAGAGGGGUGAAAUACAUCGUUUCUCCCGGCUGUGGUCGCGGUCUCUGACACGCAAAACUGAGCCGCCUCACUGAAGCGGACUGUAGCGCGCGCAGGGCUGUGCGCUCCUUCAGCCAGCUAAUCUCGUGGACUAAAGGACCGCGCGCGGCGUUUCAAGACGGCCCGAUGCGGAGAUUCGGACCCGGAGCGGUUCUGAAGACGGAUUUUUAAAAGCGGCCGCGCCUCUCCCCAACACACCGAGCUCCGCCGUUUCCAGGACGUCUGUUUUUAUUCACGCUGCUACACGCCACCAGGAUUAAUAUGCUGAGAGGAGACAAUUAGCCGAAGAGCAAAGACAUGGCUGAGAGGCACCAGGAUUCUCAGAGUGAGCUUUGACAGAAUGGUCGACUGCAUCAGCAAAGUCAUGCUGCACACGGCUAUCUCAUGCUGGCAACCGUUCCUGGGGCUGGCCCUCGUCCUCGUCUUCGUCGGCUCCGCCCUCGGGUGCCCCGCCCGGUGCGAGUGCUCCGCCCAGAGCAAGUCCGUCAUCUGCCACCGCAAGCGCCUGCUGGCCAUCCCCGAGGGCAUCCCCAUCGAGACGCGCGUCCUGGACCUGAGCAAGAACAAGCUGCGGAGCGUCAACCCCGACAACUUCUCCUCCUUCCCGCAGCUGGAGGAGCUGGACCUCAGCGACAACAUCAUCGGCUCGGUGGAGCCGGGCGCCUUCAACGCCCUGGUCAACAUGCACAGCCUCAGCCUGAAGAGCAACCGCAUCAAGCUGAUCCCGCUGGGCGUGUUCACCGGGCUGGCCAACCUCACCCUGCUGGACAUCAGCGACAACAAGAUCGUCAUCCUGCUGGACUACAUGUUCCAGGACCUGCACAACCUGAAGGUGCUGGAGGUCGGGGACAACGACCUGGUGUACAUCUCGCACCGGGCCUUCAGCGGCCUGCUGGGCCUGGAGAGCCUGACGCUGGAGCGCUGCAACCUGACCAUGGUGCCCACUGAGGCCCUGUCGCACCUGCACAACCUGGUGACGCUGCGCCUGCGGCAGCUCAACAUCGCCGUGCUGCACCCCAACUCCUUCCGCAAGCUGUUCCGCCUGCGGCACCUGGAGAUCGACAGCUGGCCCGCCCUGGACAGCUUCCCCGCCGACACCCUGCAGGGGCUCAACCUGACCACGCUGUCCGUCACCAACACCAACCUGUCCGCCUUCCCCUACCAGGCCUUCCGCCACCUGCCGUACCUGACGCACCUCAACCUGUCCUUCAGCCGCAUCGCGCACGUCCAGGGGGGCAUGCUGGCGGAGCUGGGGAGGCUCCGCGAGCUGCACCUAGUGGGGGCGGGGCUGCUCGCUAUCGAGCCCUACGCCUUCCAGGGCAUGCGGUCGCUGCGCGUCCUCAACGUCUCGCACAACCAGCUGGACACCCUGGAGCGCUCGGCCUUCCAGGCCCCGGAGGUGCUGGAGAAGCUCCUGAUCGACGGGAACCCGCUGGUGUGCGACUGCCGGCUCAUGUGGCUCCUGCAGAGGCGGCACUCCAUCCAGUUCGGCGAGGCCCAGCCCGAGUGCGGCACGCCCGAGGGCGUGCGCGGGCGCCCCUUCCGCGAGUUCAAGGAGUCGCUGCUGUCCUACUACGUGACCUGCACCAAGCCGCGCAUCCGGCAGAACAAGACCCAGCUGCUGUUCGUGGACGAGGGCCAGCCGGCCCGGCUGUACUGCAGCGCGGACGGCACGCCCCGCCCGACCGUCACCUGGCUCACCCCGCGCCAGCGCCACGUCACCUACAAGAGCAGCGGGCGGGUGGCGGUGCACGCCAGCGGCACGCUGGAGAUCAAGGUGUCCGAGGUGCACGACAGCGGCGUGUACGUGUGCGUGGCCAGCAACGCGGCGGGCAACGACAGCCUGUCGGCCUCGCUGGCCGUCAAGAGCCUGGGGAUCAGCGACAGGUCGCUUUACGCCAACAGGACCUCUCAGUACUACACUGAGCCCAACAGCACCGCCACCAACGGCACCAACCUCUUCAACAUGACCUUUGGCCUGGACCUAAAGACCAUUUUGGUGUCCACCGCCAUGGGCUGCUUCACCUUCCUGGGCGUGGUCCUCUUCUGCUUCCUGCUGCUCUUUGUGUGGAGCCGCGGGAAGGGGAAGCACAAAAGCAACAUCGACAUCGAGUACGUGCCGCGCAAGUCCGCCGGGGCGGCGGCCGAGGGCGCGGAGCAGGCCGGCCCCCGCCGGGUCAACAUGAAGAUGAUUUAAAGGGCGCCCAGGGCCCAGACAGGGGUAAACUAACGAGUGAUGGGGAAAAAAAAUGGGGAUGGCAGCCUGGAAUGACUACUGCCCCCCACAGGCUGGGAGGACAAAU